UCGACACACAUCAUACAUGUACUCUCUCUCUCUCUCUCUAAAAGUCACGCAUCUGGAUAUUCGACACCCAUCAUACAUGUACUCUCUCUCUCUCUCUCUAAGAUAGUGUGAUAGAUACACUAUAGAUACCAUUCACUUUCCUCUUUUUUUAGGCUUUUGUUCUGUAUCUCCCUCUUUAAAUACACACACAUUGUCACUUUCCUUGUUGGUGGUGCUGUUGUUGUAGAGAGAGAGAGAGAGAGAUUGAUGAGCAAUGGUGUCGUCGUCGGGGCAAAGCAGCAGCAGCAACAACAAUUACGAUCUGUCAUUCAAGAUCUUGUUGAUCGGCGACUCAGGCGUCGGCAAAAGCAGUCUCCUAGUCAGCUUCAUUUCUAACUCCCUCGAAGAUCUCGCCCCUACCAUCGGUGUGGAUUUCAAGAUCAAGCUGUUGACGGUUGGUGGCAAAAGAUUGAAGCUUACAAUUUGGGAUACUGCUGGACAGGAGAAGUUCAGAACGUUGACUAGCUCUUACUAUAGAGGUGCCCAGGGCAUUAUUCUUGUUUAUGAUGUGAUGCGGAGAGAAACCUUUACAAACUUGUCAGAUGUAUGGGCUAAAGAACUAGAUCUUCACUCCACUAACCAGGAUUGCGUUAAAAUGCUUGUCGGAAAUAAAGUUGAUUUAGAAUCUGAAAGGGUUGUUAGUAGAGAAGAAGGGAUUGAACUUGCAAAAGAGCAUGGAUGUUUGUUUCUUGAAUGUAGUGCUAAAACUCGAGAAAAUGUGGGACAAUGCUUUGAAGAGCUUGCUUUAAAGAUAAUGGAGGUUCCUAGUCUUCUAGAAGAAGGGUCCACAGCAGUUAAGAGAAAUAUCUUGAAGCAAAAGCAAGAUUCCCGAAAGCAACCUAGUAGCAGUUGUUGCUCAUGAAAUUCUACGACAGAGAUUGUGGUCUCGGAAGUCACCAAGCAGUCCUGCUCGUAGUUGUCUGAGCUGUCACGCAACCGUUCCUCAUCAAUUUAUGUACAUUGCCCUUUUUUCCCUGUAUAUUUCUACUGUUGUGCAUUGUUUGCCUUCUACUGUUGUGCUUGAUUUGUCCAAACUAGUCUUAGCGGUUCUUGGAGUAUUGGCUGUGCGCUGUGAAGUAACAUGUAUUAGAUCGUGUAAAGUUUGAUUUUCUUCGUCUCCAAUUCGUUUGUUUGUUAAUCGUCACACUGCAAGUUGUAUGAACACAAAUCCGCAUGCCUUUCAUCUGAUUUAAUGCGAGUUGUUUAUUUGGUGUUUUUAAAUGGAA